CUAAGUGGAUCAGAGCCAAGGCAGUUUGAUUGUUGCCGCCACCGCCGCCACCGCCGCCUUGGCCACAGCUUUCGACCGUCUUCAUCCCUUUUCUAGUCCCUCCACGUCUCUCCCCCACGCCCAUGACCUGAGGCUCACGACCGUCUGCACGACGACUGACGACAUCCGCCGCGUAUCGUCUAUCUAUCGGUGCAUCAAGCUCAAUAAGGCUUGGCCAGCCACCGUGCUCCACUUCGCUUAAGAGUGGCUUAAAACCGUGCCAAAUCAAUUGGUCGACGCCCAGAGAAAGACGCUCUCUUGCUGACCUUGCCUCUCAACCACCAUGGGUCAGUUCUCCGACGCCGUUAUCGAUGUAGCGGGGUCGUUUCGUCGAAAGAGGGAGGACACGGGCGGUCUCCUCACUGGUGAAGAUCCGAGUGUGUUCGUUGCCUCAGACCCUCUGAGAAUGUUCAUUAUACAGCUCGGUGUGAUCUUAUUGCUCACCCAGCUACUGGGGUUGUUCUUGCGGAGGAUCAAGCAGCCUAAGGUUAUAGCAGAGGUGCUUGGUGGCAUUCUACUUGGGCCGACCGCGUUUGGUCGCAUCCCGGGCUUCACGCAACAUAUCUUCCCCUCAAACGCGUCGUCAUACCUCUCCCUGGUCGCAAACAUCGGUCUUUGCCUCUUCUUGUUCCUCGUCGGAAUGGAGAUUGAUGGCGCUAUCGUCAAACGCAAUUACAAGACCUCCACGGUCAUCGCACUCGCGGGUAUGGCCGUCCCGUUCGGUCUUGGUGCUGCGCUCUCGGUGCCGCUCUACCACACCUUCAUCGCCAGCACCGUGAAGUACACGAACUUCAUGCUGUUUACGGGUGUCGCCUACUCUAUCACCGCGUUCCCCGUUCUAUGCCGCAUCCUCACCGAGUUGAAGCUCCUGGACACGAACGUCGGUAUCAUCGUGCUCUCCGCCGGAGUGGGUAAUGAUGUCGUCGGAUGGAUUCUCCUCGCACUCAGUGUGGCCCUCGUGAAUGCCGGUUCCGGUCUGACGGCCCUGUGGAUCCUGCUUGUUUGUCUCGCUUGGGCGCUGUUCCUUAUGCUGGUGAUGAGACAUGUCAUGUACUGGCUGGCACGGCGCACCGGCUCCAUCGACAACGGUCCCACCGUGUUUUUCAUGACUGUCACGUUCUUGGUCAUGUUUGGCUCAGCGUUCUUCACGGACAUCAUUGGGGUUCAAGCGAUCUUUGGCGCGUUCUUGGCUGGUCUAAUCAUCCCUCGGGAAGGCGGACUGUGUAUAUCGCUCACCGAAAAGUUAGAAGAUAUGGUGCAGAUUAUCUUCUUGCCAUUGUAUUUCACGAUCUCUGGUCUGAAUACCAAUCUUGGCCUGCUUAACGACGGCAUUACGUGGGGUUACACCAUUGCCAUCAUCGUCCUUUCGUUCAGUGGCAAGUUCGGCGGAUGUGUGCUUGCGGCCAAGGCACUUCGCUUUUCAUGGCGCGAGGCCGGCGCGAUUGGUUCAUUCAUGAGCUGCAAGGGUCUGGUCGAGCUAAUUGUCCUCAACGUUGGUCUCUCCUCGGGAAUCCUCACGCAGCGGGUGUUCUCGAUGUUCGUCCUCGAAGCGCUCGUGCUCACGUUCAUGACGACGCCGCUGGUCAACAAAUUCUACCCGCCCAGUAUGCGCACCCGCGUCAGUCACGGCGGGCACCAAGUGGGGGUCAAGCCACCACCUUCGCCCACUGAGGUUGAUGAGAAUGUUUCGAGCGGCAGCUUGAUGAAAGCCGAAACCACCCGGUCGACCCCGUCGGAGAAGUGGACAAGCAGCGGGGAGGAGCCGAAGACGCGCUUCACCGUUAUCCUGGACAAGAUCGAGCACGUCCCCGGCAUGAUGUCGCUCAUGCAGCUGAUCCAGCCGCCGUCGGCGACCUCGGAGGAUGCUGACAAGGACAAACGCAAGAGUCUGAGGAUGAAGCGCCCACAGCCGCUGCAGCGAGCAAGCAACGUGUCUGUCGAUGCGCUCCGCCUGAUCGAGCUCUCCGACCGGACGUCGGCCGUCAUGCGUUCGUCCAACGCGGAUACGCUGAUCAACACCGACCCGCUGCUGAACAUCUUCAGCACGUUCGGCGAUCUCAGCGGCGUCUCGGUGUCUUCGUCGCUCGCGAUCGUCACCUACGACGAUCUCACGUCUAGCGUUGUAGAGCACGCGCAGCGGCACAGGUCUCAGUUGGUUCUCAUACCAUGGCUUCCCCCGCAGCACAGCACAGAGCACGGCGGCAUGACGGUCACCUCAGGCGACGGGGCGGAGACAGCUCCGGCAAGCCCCAGGUUGGCGACCGCCUACAUGUCCAAUCCCUUCGAGACGCUGUUCCGUGGCUCGGGUUCCAACUCGAACCAGUCGCCCUCCGCGCUGCACUCGCACUUCGUCCGCAGCAUCUUCGUGAGCGCGCAGACCGAUGUUGCGCUGUACAUCGACCGGCACCAUCCCGGCGAGUCCAACUUGCCGAUGUUGAACAGCCAGCAACACAUCUUCAUGCCGUUCUUUGGUGGUCCGGACGACCGUCUGGCGCUGGACUUCGUGGUGCAGCUGUGCGCGCACCCGAGGGUGACUGCGACGGUGGUGCGUGUGACACGGAAAGCGUUCGACGAGCUGGAGCACGUUGACUCGAUGGGCAAGCCACAGGUCGCUCACCUGGGCGACGAGCGGCCGAACGAAGCAACGGUGCACACGACGACGGCGUUCCCAGACACGGUGUACGGUGCUCAUACGACGCAGACCCGUAUGCAAUCCGAAACCGCGGACAAUGUCACCUGGUCGCGGUACGCCUCCUAUGAGCAGGACGACACCCCGCUGUCUACUGCCUUAUCGCGCAUCGAGUUCUCCGAGAUCCGCACGCCGACACCGCUGCACACUGUGGUCGAGUACGCCACGAACAUCACCAACUCUGCGAGCGAGCGCCGGUGCCGACCCAUGAUUGUCGUCGGCCGCUCGCGCCGUCUAGCUGUCGAGAACCACCACAGCGAGCUUAGAAAGCUCAUGGAGGAGUACGGCAGCUUCGGCAGCGAGGUGAAGAAGACGGUGGGGGAUGUGGCUGCGGCCCUCAUGGCCACUGGCUGCAAGGCCAGCAUCGUCGACCUCCAGGCAGCGAACGUUGCUCAGGAUUAAUGGUUGGGGUCCCUAUAGCUGCAUUUUUGAUUAGUUGUCGCAUCACGACCACUCACGAUACCUGCAUUUCUACCCGACUCCCAUAAUGACACACCUCGAUCCUCACAGUUUCCGGGUCCAUUGUCACGGCAUACCCCUUUUAAACUGUCCAUAGUCGGAUUUAGUGUAGCACGCC